ACAAUGUCGGAGUGUUUAAAUGAACUUUUUAUUAUGCACUUCUAAAGAAAAAUAUAAGAAUUAACAAAAAUAAUGGUAUGCAAAAAUUUUGUUUUUUCUUUUUUUUGAGGAAAAAGUGUAAUUUAAUUAAGAAAAGUUUGGUGAUACACAAAACGCACUUUAUGUCGUAAUCUGAGAUUAAGGUUAUUUCAGAUUAAUUCAAUUCAAUUCAAUGCUUCAAACUCCAUCAAAACCAAACCAAGCUUCAGAUCCGACCCAUUCAGCUCAGAUCUCUUUUCUCCUCAAUCAAUCUACCCCAGGCAGUUCAUAUAUGAUACACCAGUCCAAGUGAACAAUUUAUGUUGUUGGUGUUUGUGACAAACAACUGAAGAUUUUGUCAAAAAACAAAACAAGUUGGAUGGAACAUGGUCACAUGGAUAUGAAUAUGUAUAGAGUAGGAGAUGGUACACAUUGAAUUAGAUUCAGAGAGUUGUAGCUUUAAAGGGAUUGCUAUUGAUGAUUUUGAUAGUGGAAGUUCAGGAUCCGGUAUUCGGAGAGAGCUUUCGUUUUCGCGUUGGUGUGACGACGAUGAUAAUGAUGGUGGUGAUGGAAGGGUGAUUUUGGAUCAGAAAUUAGGUGAUGAAGACGUUAUUGUAGAAGAAGACGCGGUUUAUGAGUUGCCUUUUGUUGAAAAGAAUGAGGUGCAAGGAAGAGUUUUAGAUAGGGAGAGAUUUUCUUUUGAUAAGUUUCGGAAGGAAAGGAGCGUGCCGAUGAAUGGUGCUAGUGCGAUGGAUGAUGAUUCUGUUUAUAGGAGAGGUAAUGGAUCUGAGAAGUAUGUGCCUUUUGAUAUUGAAGACAGUCCUGAAAGGGGAACAGUUGGUGGUGACUCGUAUGAUUCGGGGGGUGGUGUUGGAUCACUUCAUAAAAGCUCUGAAAAUACUGUUCCUGUAGCAAAUAUCUUGAAGACUAUGUUUUUCAUAUUUGUGUGGUACACCUUCAGUUUAUUUUUGACCUUGUAUAAUAAAAGUCUGUUGGGAGAUCAUAUGGGAAAGUUCCCAGCUCCCUUUUUAAUGAAUACUGUCCACUUUGUAAUGCAAGCGGUUUUAUCGAAAUUUAUCACCUAUUUUUGGUCUCAUAAAUUUGAGACUAAUGUUGUCAUGUCUUGGCGGGAUUAUUUUUUGCGAGUUGUCCCGACUGCUCUUGGAACGGCUAUGGAUGUUAACUUGAGCAAUGCAUCUCUAGUUUUCAUCUCUGUCACAUUUGCUACAAUGUGUAAAUCUGCUGCUCCAAUCUUUCUCCUCUUGUUUGCUUUUGCUUUCCGGUUGGAGGUACCAAGUUUUAAACUAUCAGGAAUCAUUUUAGUCAUCUCCAUCGGCAUAUUACUAACAGUUUCAAAAGAAACAGAAUUUGAAAUUUGGGGAUUUGUACUUGUCAUGCUUGCUGCUGUUAUGUCUGGGUUUCGCUGGUGUAUGACUCAGAUCCUUUUGCAGAAAGAAUCCUAUGGUCUGAAAAAUCCACUUACCUUGAUGAGCUAUGUAGCUCCAGUAAUGGCUGUGGCAUCCGCACUUCUUUCUCUUGCAUUAGAUCCAUGGGAAGAAUUCCGAGAAAAUGAGUACUUUGAUAGUUCAUGGCAUAUAACUCGAAGUUGCUUCCUGAUGUUCUUUGGUGGAACACUUGCCUUUUUUAUGGUACUAACAGAAUAUAUUUUAGUCUCUGUAACUAGUGCCGUCACAGUCACAAUAGCAGGGGUUGUUAAGGAGGCCGUCACCAUAUUGGUUGCGGUAUUAUACUUUCAUGAUGCGUUUACUUGGUUGAAAGGAUUUGGCCUAUUCACUAUUAUGGUUGGUGUCAGUUUGUUUAAUGUGUACAAAUACCAGAAGCUUCAUGCAGGUGACAAUGUGGCAGAUCAUCAUACAAAAGAUUCGGCAGCCAAAUAUGUUAUUCUUGAGGAGAUGGAUGAACAAGAUGGCGGCAUCUGAAAACCUAUAUGGACCAAAUAAUUUCAUAUCCAAAGCUGAAGCAAUGAUUUCAAAGAAGAGGAAGGGACACAGAAUUAUCUUCCAUGGACUUGCCUUAGCCAUAUCAUCAACACCAAAGCUUUCUGAUAUUCUGUCAGAAUAGGUUGCUUAUUCAGUUACAGAUUUUGGCAUUCUUUCAAGUUGAGAAGAUAUAUGUUGUAGAUCAUAAUAGGUUGUUUAUAAAUAAAUUUUCUUCAAUUUUGCUUCCUAGUUUUGUAUUAAAAUAUUUUUUUGGCCACUUUAAAUAUUUUCGAUGCAUUUUUAAUUUCUUACCAAUACAGUGAUUGGUAAUGGUUACUCAACAACUAUCUUUUUGGGGAAAAAAUGUUGGAGGGUCAAUUUCAUUGUUACAUUGGCAACGCUACUUAACACCAAA